AUGAGUCAAAAGGUAGAAAAACCAGUUCUAUCGGGUCAACGCAUCAAGACCAGAAAAAGAGAUGAAAAAGAGAGGUAUGAUCCAACAGGAUUUAGGGAUGCGGUAAUUUCUGGACUUGAUAAAUGUGCUAACGAUUUUGAAGCAAUUUCUCGAUAUUUGGACAUUGCUGGUAAUAAACUCGAUUACCGUAGAUAUGGCGAAAGUCUCUUUGACGUACUCAUUGCAGGAGGUAUAUUGGUUCCAGGAGGUACACUUUCACAAGAAGGUGACGGACCAUACAGGACCGAAGCAUGUAUAUUCAAUACCCCGGAUGAAAUCAACAUGGAAAUAAUGAAGAACUGGGAACAGGUGUUCAUCAAACUCAUGCGUCGUUAUAAAUAUUUGGAGAAACUAUUUCAGGAUGAAAUCAAGAAAAUCUUAUUGUUCGUCAAGUACUUCCAGCCGUCCGACCGCAAGAAGCUGUCGGUGAUGCUGUACCUGUGGAUAGCGAACGGCUCGGUGCCGUUCCACGCCGUCCUCGUGCUGAACAAUCCGCAUCUGGUCAAGGACCAUCUCGCCCUCGACUUCCUCAUCGACAUGUUCAAGGUGUGGCGGCAGGAGAAGGGCGUCAACUCGCUGUACUCGUCCAUCAAGAAGUCGAACAUCGAAUCGCAUCUCAUCAGCUUCGUGCCUGACACGAAGCAGUCGCAGGUCUACUUUCGGAAUGCCUUUCAGGACAACGGCCUGGAGGAGAUCCUGAAGCUGUACAACGACCAGUACCAGCAGCUGGCCAAGAAGGAGCUGCAGGUGCUGCUGGCGGACGCGUUAGGGGAGAGCAAGCCGCUGCGCGACAUCAUCGCCGAAGUGAAGGACAUCGCCGUCAAAGAGAACAUCCAAGAGCACGAGACGGCGUGCAUCAUUUGGGCGACUAUCAUGGACAUACCGGAGUGGUCCAAGAAGGAGGAACUGGUGACCGAGCAGGCCGUCAGACACCUCAAGCACUACACCAACCUGUUCGCCGCCUUCACCGAAUCGGCCAAGGCGGAGAUCAGCCUGCUGCUCAAAGUGCAGGACUACUGCUACUCGAACAUGACGUUCAUGAAGGCCUUCCAGAAGAUCGUGAUGCUGUUCUACAAGACGGACGUCAUCUCGGAGCAGUCGAUCCUCAAGUGGUACAAGCAGGACUACAACGUCAAAGGGAAGAUGAUGUUCGUCGAGCAGAUGAAGGAGUUCAUCGAUUGGCUGCAAAACGCCGAGGAGGAGAGCGAUUCUGACGGUGAAAGUGAUUAG